AUGACAGAAAGGAAGGAAGAUUGUGGAAAGAAGUGUGCUGUAAAUUUAUUCAUUCUCGAUUUGCUUUCGAUGCUCCAUCGUGCAGCAGUUCAAUCGAACGACAACGACGAAAAACGAUACUUGCUGUUGGAGAGGGGAAAUGUAAUGAAGGAUUUUUAUGGCUGUGAAGAGAGCAUGUAUGUAAAGAAGGAAAUUUAUCGACAUCACUAG